AUGUCGGAAGACACGAAACGAGAAGCUGGCUCGACCAGGUCACGAUCGACGUCAAUAUCCAGUGACUCCGAAUCUUGCGCAUCCAGGUCGAGGGUGAACUCGAGAUCUCGAAGCCUGACCGGGUCCUUGAAAUCCAGACUACGGUCACAAUCAAACUCGGGAAUGACUCAAGUUGACCGAAUCUAUUCCGGACGACACAUCAACGACCAGUCUGUGUAUCACAGUGACGAAAAUAACGACGACGAAGGAUCUUCUAUCAGAAACACAGAGACGAUCCAAGAAGUAAGGAAUGGGGUAGUGAAUGAACGAGAUCUCGAUUUAGAGAAGUCACAAAAUCCGGAGCUCGAAAAAACACGGACAGCGAAGUCCAAUAAGUCUCAUCGUGAUCCUAAACUGGUUACAUGGGAUGGCGAUGAAGACCCCGAAAACCCGAAAAACUGGCCUAUGAAGAAGAAAUGGGCUGCGACUAUCACCGUCUCGCUGUUCACUUUCAUUUCGCCCGUCUCUUCAUCAAUGGUUGCUCCUGCGCUCUCGUCUCUGGCGGCCGAAUUCAAUGUCACUGAUGAAGUUGUCUCUCAACUCAUGCUUUCAAUCUUCGUCUUGGCUUACGCAGUUGGCCCAUUAUUUCUUGGUCCAUUAUCUGAGAUAUAUGGAAGGACCAUCGUUCUCCAGCUGGCAAAUCUCUUCUUUCUAGUCUUCAAUAUCGGUUGUGCCGUAUCGAAGACAAAAGUACAGAUGAUUGUUUGUCGUUUCUUUGCUGGACUUGGAGGAAGUGCGCCACUAGCGGUAAGUUCGGGCCUCAAAAAUGCAACAUACAAACCGAAAAUGAUUGAAACUAACUUCAUGCAGAUUGGUGGUGGAGUUCUUUCGGAUUGCUUUCGACCAGAAGAGCGUGGCAAAGGAAUCGCAAUCUACAGUCUUGCCCCCCUUCUCGGUCCUGCCCUAGGCCCAGUGGCGGGAGGUUUCAUCGCCGAAAACACCACCUGGCGAUGGGUCUUCUACUCAACCUCCAUAGUAGAUGCCUUGAUCCAAGUGAUGGGUCUGUUCUUCCUGCGUGAAAGCUACGGCCCGAAGAUCCUGCGGGAUCGCGCCAUGCGCCUACGCAAAGAAUCAGGCGACGAGUCCUAUCAGACAGAGAUUGAGCGACAGAAGAAACCACUUUCGGAGAUCAUGCGCACUGCUCUUAUCCGCCCUUUUCGACUUCUCACCACCCAGCCCAUCGUGCAAGUCCUUGCCCUCUUCAUGGCAUAUAUCUAUGGAAUUAUGUACCUGGUUCUCUCGACUUUCCCAUCCCUCUGGACAAGCCCGAAGUACUACAACGAGUCGAUCGGUAUCGGCGGGCUCAAUUAUAUUUCGCUGGGUCUGGGAUUUUGGCUCGGCUCACAGAUCUGUGCUCCUCUCAAUGACCGGAUUUACCGUCGUCUGAAAGCACGAAACAACGGUGUUGGAAAGCCCGAGUUCCGUGUCCCGCUACUCUUCGUCGGUGCUUUCUUUAUUCCUUCUGGGCUGUUCAUCUAUGGGUGGACCGCACAGUACCACUGUCAUUGGAUCGCGCCUAACAUCGGCGCGGUUCUCUUUGGCACUGGCAACAUCAUCGCAUUCCAAUGUAUCCAAACGUAUAUGGUUGAUACUUAUACGCGCUUCGCAGCCAGAGCCUUGGCAGCUGGUGCAUUCUUGCGAUCGCUGGCUGGAUUUGGAUUCCCAUUGUUUGCACCAUACAUGUAUAGUGCUUUGGACUAUGGGUGGGGCAAUAGUCUGUUGGCAUUCGUGGCUAUUGUCAUUGGAGUACCGGCGCCUGUUUUCCUGUGGAAAUUUGGUGAGAAGCUGAGGAAGAAGAGUCCAUUUGCAGCUGGAUAA